AACCCUAGCCCGCAUCCCUCUGCCCCCACCGCUCGCCCCCCCUCACUCUCGCUCUUCGCGCCGCCGCCGCCGCCGCUGCAGCAGGUAGCCACCCGACAGCCGUCGCCGGAGACAAACAACCAUCCGCUGCCAUGGGGCGUAUGCACAGCCGCGGGAAGGGUAUCUCGUCGUCGGCGCUGCCGUACAAGAGGACGCCCCCGGCCUGGCUCAAGACCGCCGCCUCCGAUGUGGAUGAGAUGAUCACGAAGGCUGCAAAGAAGGGUCAGAUGCCUUCGCAGAUCGGCGUCCUGCUCCGUGACCAGCACGGCAUCCCCCUCGUCAAGAGCGUCACGGGCAGCAAGAUCCUCCGCAUCCUCAAGGCCCAUGGGCUGGCGCCGGAGAUCCCAGAGGACCUGUAUUUUCUUAUCAAGAAGGCGGUGGCGAUAAGGAAGCACCUGGAGAGGAACAGGAAGGAUAAGGACUCCAAAUUCAGGCUCAUUCUUGUCGAGAGCAGGAUCCACCGCCUCGCUCGCUACUAUAAGCGCACCAAGAAGCUCCCGCCCACCUGGAAGUACGAGUCGACCACGGCAAGCACUUUGGUGGCCUAAGAGAGCUCAGCAUCGGUUGUGCUCUUAGCUUCAUAAAGCUGGGCCUGUUCAAGAAAUCAUUUUAUUUGAUGCUUUAUGAGUUUAGAGCCAAGUAGAGACUGCAAAUUUUCUAUGUUUACAUGGAGAAUGGUGUAAAACCUUUUUGGUUCCGCAGAUCUGCCUGUUAAACUUUUGCUACCAUGCAUCCAGAUUUUGUCAGCUACCGUUAUCAUUUACAUUGAAUUGUUUGUCUUUA